UCAAGUUCAACAUAACCUCAAAUAUCAUACGUACGUACUUUCGAUUUGUUAUGACUUUUCCCACUUCUUCUAGUCUUUUCAAAGCGAAUUUCAAAACAAUACGCAAUUAUUACCAAAGUUCAAUAAUUCUCGGCUAAAAUUCCAAGAGGGUACGAAGAAAUAUCACAAUGAACCGUCUAAAUCAUCGUAUUCUUCAAUUGCCCACAAAGUAUUCCCAUUUGGUGAAACAAGCCAGUACAAGCGCAGCUGCUUCGGAAGCAACAAAAACACAACGAUUGCGAGCAUCACCAUUAAUCGAUGAAAUAAUUCGUAUUAAUCAUGCCGGUGAAUUGGGUGCCGAUAGAAUUUAUGCCGGACAACACGCAGUCCUGGGUAAAACAUCGGUCGGUCCAACUUUGAAACAUAUGUGGGAGCAGGAGAAGAAGCAUCGAAGUGAAUUUGAACGAUUAAUCCGAGAAUAUCGCGUUCGGCCGACGGUUAUGACACCCAUUUGGAAUGUAGCCGGCUAUGUAUUAGGAGCUGGAACUGCUUUACUCGGAGAAAAAGCAGCCAUGGCAUGCACAGUUGCUGUUGAAACUGUCAUAGUUGAACAUUACAAUGAUCAAUUGCGACAAAUCAUGGAAAAUCCAAAAGUUGAUAAGGAGCUUUUGGCCACGAUAACGAAGUUCCGCGACGAAGAGCAGGAACAUCACGACACUGGCAUUGAUCAUGGAGCCGAACAAGCGCCAUUCUACAAAGCAAUGACCGAAGUCAUAAAAUUAAGCUGCAAAGCAGCAAUUGCCAUUUCGAAGAAAAUUUAGUUAAAAGUAGAUUAGCUUUUAUCAAUUACCUAAGACAAUUAUCUAAAUAAA